AUGUUUUUUCUUUCUUCUUUCUUUUUUUUUCUUUUUAUUUCUUUCUUUCUUUCUUUCUUUUUCUUUUAUCACUUUUUCUUUUAUGUUCUUUCUUUCUUCUUUCUUUCUUUCUUUUUCUUUCUUUCUUUCUUUCUUUCUUUCUUUCUUUUUCCUUCUGUUACGAUUUCUUUCUCACUGAUUUUCUGUUUGUGUUCUUUUCUUUCUUUCUUUCUCCUUUCUUUCUUUCUUUCUUUCUUUCUUUCUUUCUGUUACGAUUUCAUUCUCACUGAUUUUGUUCUUGUGUUCUUUCUUUCUUUCUUUCUUUCUUUCUUUUCUUUCUUUCUUCUUUCUUUCUGUUACGAUUUCUUUUUCACUGAUUUUCUGUUUAUGUUCUUUCUUUCUUCUUUCUUUCUUUCUUUCUUUCUUCUUUCUUUCUUUCUUUCUUUCUGUUACGAUUUCUUUAUCACUGAUUUUCUGUUUAUGUUCUUUCUUUCUUCUUUCUUUCUUUCUUUCUUUCUUUCUUUCUUUCUUUCUUUCUUUUUUCUUUCUUUCUUUCUUUCCUUCUGUUACGAUUUCUUUCUCACUGAUUUUCUGUUUGUGUUCUUUCUUUCUUUUUUCUUUCUUUCUUUCUUUCUUUCUUUCUUUCUCGAUUUCAUUCUCUUUUUUUCUUUCUUUCUUUCUUUCUUUCUUCUUUUUCUUUUUUUCUGA